UUGAAGGGCAGCCUGGUUGGAUUUUCUUGGGAGAGGGUGGACGGUGGCGUUGGCAGGCUGCUGCUGGGCUGGAGGGCGGGGCUUCCAGGUUCCAGCCAGGCACCCGAGGGAGUUCCCUUCCUCGGCAGGAAGGGCCGGAGUCAGGCUGGUCAGCAUCCUGAAUGAAUGCUCAAGUCUCUCGAGCCACAGCCACAGCACAAAGUGCCGGACGCAUUCUGCCCUCCUCUUCCCGUCCAAAGCCGCUCUCAAGGCUCUGUCCAGGUUUCUUUCCCAGUGUGUGGCUCUGCUUCUUGAGCAGGGCCAGGGGAGACAUGCCUGCGCGCCUGUCCCGGGGAUCUGCUGUCGGGCUGCCGCCUUGGCUUCUCUUCUUCCCCCUCCUUCUCUUCUUGGCCGCUGUUGCUGCCGGCGAGGCGCGGGGCGGCUGUGCCAAGCUGGGGCGGUGCUGCGCGGGCCGGAGCAUGGCAUGCGUGGGCACCGGGUGGCGAUCCGACGGCUCCCACGGGCCCUGCUACUGCGACCAGGCCUGCCCGCACACCUUGGACUGCUGCCACGAUUACCAGCAGGUGUGCCCAGUGGUUUCCUGUGUAGUCUCUGACUGGAGUGAAUGGAGCAGCUGCGCAGAGCCUUGCAAGGCAACACACCGUGUUCGGAGGAGGCACGUGAUCCAGGAGCCAAAAAAUGGGGGUGAAGCUUGCCCUUCUCUAGAGGAAAGGGCUGGUUGUUUGGAAUAUUGGACACGACAUGGAACAGAGUGCAAGCAAUCCCUUAUUCCAGCGUUAAUAACCACUGGAGGCUAUGGGAAAGCAAGGAAAAAGCGUGCAGUGUCUAAUGAGAAUGAAAGAAAUGGGUAUUGUGUGGAAUUUCAGCUCACAGCCAUCACAGAGGGAUGUUUGAAUGGAAACAGUUCAUACACUCAUUGGAUGAAGUAUCUCAGUGAGGGUCACCGAGUGUGUGUGGAGUGCCAGCACCCGGCUUUGGAUACCAGGAGCCUGCACUGUUCUGGAGAUGGCAGUGGAGCCAAGAAGAACCAGUUACUGCAUUGGCAGGCUGUGGGGAACCCAAGAUGUAAAGGAACCUGGAAGAGAGUUCGCCAGCUGGGCACUUGUUCUUGUCCUUCUGUUCACAGCUUCUUGUUCAUUUGAUAUCUGCAUAACUGACUCUUUGCCUUGAACCUUAGUUUCUUGGCCACUUCAUACUGACAAAAGUUCAGCAGUGAAGGAACACACUGGACUACUGAGUGAUACCGUUGAAGAUCAGGUCAUUCCUGCUUUAAGGAGCUGUUGCCUUGAGCUAAACACAAUUCUUUGGCGAACUGAAGCCCUACCUCAAACUUUGGUAUUAUUCUUAUAUAAAAAAAAUCUUGAGUAGCAAUAUUUAGCGAUACUUGGAAUAGAAAGGAUUUGGGAUAGCAGCAUUUCACAAGUUGAGAUAAGAUCACCUACUGCCAUAAUGUCCUCACUUCAAGUCUCUUCACUUUCAACGGGGCUUAUCCAUCUGGAACAAUAGCAGUGAUUCUCUAGGAGGAAUGCAGCAGUAAAAUAAGAGGGAUUAAUGGAGAUUUGAUCUUUUUUGCUUUCUCCUCUCUCAGCUCAGCAACAUGCUUAUGAUGAGCAAAAGGAGGAAGAAAUCUCACUGACCUUCAAGAAAUAUAGUUGGUCUGAAUGUGUGUGUGACUUGGGGAUUCUUCUGCUUGGAUUUAAUCCAAGACAGAAGAAUUUGGGAGUUGGCAUAUCUCAUCUUUUAUAAGUCCCUGAAGUUCACCUUAAUCCUGAGCUUAGAGAACUUUUGGCGCAUUACUAGUGAUAAGACCUGAAUGAAUUUUGCACAUGCAAGGGGGAAAAGUUCUAAAUAUGGCAUUCAUGUCAGAACUUUUCUUCCUGAGAAUUCCCAGCAUUUAUUAAAACUUUUUGGAACAAGUUUCUAGCCCUUGCAGAUGCUGCAAAGAUAGUUCAAACUAAUGAGGAUAACAACUACCAAGUUCAUAGAAGCUAGAUGUGGUUGAGUAAGAUUUCCAAAGGCAGUUUCCUGAAUUGGAGAAGCAGAAUAGAAUACAUAUAUACCAAACAAUCACAAUGUCCAUAUUUCUAUAUAAUUUAUACUGCUAACAGAUUACAGGUGUGUGUGUUUUCAAGUAGAAUUAGCAUUUUCACAUGCCUGUUCACACCUAGAUAGAUUGAUUAAUCUGAUUGUGUGUUAUAGAUUAUGCAUAUGUGAAACUAAAAAAACCUUAUUUCACACCCUUUCUCCCCCCUCAACUGUCCUUGCCAGAUCCCAUCUGAGGAAUCAAUCCCUUGAAUAUGUGGAUUGUGCAAAUUGUGAAAGAUAUACAGCAAAAUACAAAUCCCACAAAAGACUGACACCUUUAAUGGUCAACCAAAAUGCACAAAAUGCAUCAUUCAAGCUUUCAAAGCUCCACUGGCUUUUUUAAUCUGGCAAAACAUGUUUAAAAAUCAUACAGGAGAAGAAAAGUGAUAGCCUACAUUUAGUUAGUUUAAGAAAUCCAAUCGGGCACAGGAGGUCCACACAACUCCCCACAAAACCCCUGCUUGGUGUGUGUGCAUGCGCCAAAAUCUGAUGUGUGCAUAGACGCCCAGCCAGACCUUCCAACAGGGCACCCGGAUACCAAAGAAAAUUGCCCAGAAAAAGUUUUAAAAAUUAAAAAUAACAUUCCUGGCUGCCAUUACCCUGAUGCCAGAGUCCUCCUGGCAUAUAGAAAUGAUGCACCAGGAGAAGUGUGUGUGUGUGUGUAUGUGUGUG